GAGCUGUGCAGCCACUGUACGACUCGAUUUAUACCAGGAUUAAUAUCCACAUACCCCGUCUCUAAGAAAAUCUCCGAAUCGCUCCUACCUGUUUGGACCUCCAGAUUGGAACCAUUAUCACCAUGGCGCCUGGUCGAAGCGACCAAUUCGACGAUGAGCCCGACGAGCCCGUCGUCUCACAGGCCAGCGAACCACCCACUCACCCCCUUCCUGCUAUGCAAGGACCCUUCGAAGAAUCCAUUGUCGAGUCAAUCGAAGAACCGCGUGAACCAGCCGACACGAAGUUCGACAACGCGAACCCCAAAGAGCGAUGGAUGCGAACGCUCGAACGCGAUGACUGGAACGGAUCGUACAAUUUCCAAUGGCGCAACAAGUCGAGUCGGCGAUACCAUCCGCUAUGGAAGUUGAUGGCGCAGAUCGUGUUCGGGAUCCACCUUCUACAAAAUCAGCUGGCGAAGAGUGAUGAUGAGGUCCUAAAGAUCCUGCAAGUGCAUUUGAAUGAGAUCGACAUGUUCAUUGUGCGCACGACGGAGGACUUUGAGACGGCCGCGGCGGAUAUCAAGGAGAGGGUGAGCUUGUUGAAGCUGCCUUUGCAGCAUACGGGGAUGUUUGACCGGAUGCUGGAUGACCGACAUUUCCGUGCGUCGAUCAUUCGGGGCAACGAGAGUAUCUACAAGAUUGUGGACCGGUCUGCGAGGGCGAUGAAUGAUUUGCUCGUGGAUGUGAACAACGGGCUUGAGGCGACCAGUGUCCUGGCAAAGUUUCUGGAGCAACUUGGCGACGACUGGCAUGGGAAUGAUGAGACUCUAUUGGAGGUAUACACGUCUAUGUGCGGGAAUGCGGAAGGAUGGUUCAUGGCAUUCAAAGAGCUGGAGAAGGCCGGGAAUGGUCUGGGUGUCUUGCUGGUACAGCUGGGAAGCCUUGUCAACGAGAUGUCAAAGCGUGUUGGUGUCGCUAGUAGGAGAAGUAUUUUCUCGCAUCGCUCUGGUUCGGAUGGGAACGCUAGCCCCUGGUCCCAGAGCUCACCUCCGCAAUCUCGAGGGACUAGAACUCCAAGCUACGACAAGCCACUUCCCCAGAAACCCGACCAACAAGAUAGCGCGGUUCAGAACGCUCACCCCGUUCGCAGGGAUUCUAUCCCUUUGGAAAAACGAUUCGAAAAUCCGCGAAAGCAGCCCCAACCCCCCGAGCGCAUAUCGUCAGCACAACAGCCAGGGCAAGAACUAGCCCCUAGCCCUCAACGGAACACCAAAGAGCUGGUUGAAUUCUUCCGUCCCAAUGCCCUCGUUCGGGGCCCCGGACAUGCGCAGCGAGAACCGCCGAAAACUGCACCAGAACGUGCAGCUACUCGCGACGCCCUUGAAACGGGUCACGAAUCCGAUACACCAACGGCAAAACCCAAACGAAAGCCAUCAAAACUUCGCAAGAAAUCCCAUGACAUGCUUCGAAAGGUGUCGCAACGCAAGGCACAAGUGCCCCCAACUAUUGCUACUGCCACUUCUCCUACAAUUGCCCCGGAUUCUGCAUAUUCGUCUGGCUCUGAUUAUGCCCAAAUGCAGGCAAUCGCACGAGCGAGUGCCGAAAGCUCAGCGCAACUAAAGAAUCCAGCGUCACCGCCGGCGGCGAACAAGUUGGCGAGCCCUUUCCAGCCAUCGUCUGUGCAAUCCACGAAUCGCAACAGCACCAGUGCGACGCCAAUUGCACUCCACCCCGCGAACACCACGAACAACACGACAGCACAGACUUCCCGCGCUGUCUCUCACGCCGAAGCCCCAGCUCCAGCAUCCUCUAAUCAAGACAGCAAUAUCUCCAAUAAGCCCCCCUCCAACUCCUCCCGCCCAUCGACUCCCACACCAACCUCACAACCGGCCCAGGCAAACCAACCAGACCGCUCGGCCACUAGCUCCCCUUCCCCAAGCCAACCCUACCCCACACGCACCAGCAGCGUCCGUGUUCCUCCUAACCACCCCAUCAUGACCCCCCCAUCUCCCCACGUCACCGCGUCCGCAAUCGCGAGCCCACAAACCACCCGUCCCGCAACACCCAGCACACCCCGCCUUGCGCUAUUCCCACGCCCCUCCACGCCUCGUCGGACGGUUAGCCAGGAUAGCACUUCGGGGGUGGCGACGACGCCGAGGCAUGAAAAGGCAACGGUCGGAGGAAGUGCGUUGAGGAAGGAAGUAGGGAAGGAUAGUCCUGGCAAAAUGAACGCGAGAGAGGAGUCUGGGACGAAGCAAACGCAGUUCGAUGACACGCUGUUUGGGAGCAUGACAGCGACGGCGGAGCCGGGAUCGCGCGCGGUAUUCCAGGAAGGUGGAGCGAGCGCAAAUGGGAGUGGGGAUAGAGGCGGGACGAGUCCGGUGAUUGGGUCUAGGAAGGAUAGGAGUGGAAUUGUGAGUAAGAAUGGUGGGAACGCGAGUAGGGACGCGGAGAAGAGCGCGACGAACGGGUACGAGACGCCGAGUCCUAAAGACGCAGGGCACAUGAGGAAGAGGGGCAGCUUGAGCUCGAUCAAGCGCAUCUUUUCUAGGAGGAAGAAAGAGGAGGUUGUAGGCGGCGGUUAUGGAACGGUGGGGAGGGGCAUCGGGUUGGAUGAAGUGGCGGAGGGUGUUUGAGGCUUCUUUAAUUCCUCCUGAACGCCAUGUCAAGACUGUUUUGAUUGCUAGGGGGGCUUUUGGGAGGGACGGAUCUUGUUUCCACCUCCCCGAUUUUGGCCUGUCCUAUCGACGCCUUUGUUUCUCUAUAUGCGCGCUUGGACAUGAUGGCCGAGUUGAACGAAAAGCGAUGGUUUUUGCUUCAGCACUUCCUGGGGGUUUCAAGUCGAUUUCUUCUCUUCUCAGUCUUCUUGUCCGACUAUACCCCCUAUUGCGUUGGCGUUUGUUCUGAUGAAUUGGAAGACCCCUGAUGAUGUCGCCGCUAUGAGCGGAAUGAACCACGCAGCCUCGUUAGCUUUAUAUGAGGAUUAGGUGUUCAACGAUCCAUCACUUGA